AUGGACGCCGACGACGCGGACGACCCAGUGGACAACGUGAUAGGUCCGCCGCUUGAGGAAACAACCCCUAGGGGAGUGCCCGACCCCUACUAUCCCAUCUACCUGCCUAUCGACCAGGCCUUCAAGACCAAAUACGUGUUCCACCACAAGAAGGGAAAGACGUGUCAGGAACGGACGUACGUCUUCCUAGAACACCCCGGCGGCUGGCUGUGCUUUAUUUAUCAUUUUUCUGUAUUUAUGUUGGUGCUCGUGUGUCUUAUAUUCAGCGUACUUUCAACGAUAGAUACAUAUGCGAAUUUUGCCAACGAAACCCUUUUUUGGAUGGAAAUAUGCUUAGUUUUAUUCUUCGGCGCAGAAUACCUGGUGAGGCUCUGGUCAGCAGGCUGUAGGUCCAAAUACAUGGGCUUCUGGGGCCGACUGAGAUUCAUCAGGAAACCAAUAUGUAUUAUAGACUUGAUCGUAGUGGUAGCGUCAAUAGUAGUCCUGACGCUAGGUUCGAAUGGCCAAGUAUUCGCCACUUCUGCUAUAAGAGGCAUUCGCUUUUUGCAAAUUUUGCGAAUGCUGCACGUCGACAGACAGGGAGGCACAUGGAGGUUACUGGGAUCUGUUGUUUUUAUACACAGACAGGAAUUGAUCACGACCCUCUACAUCGGCUUUCUGGGCCUGAUCUUCAGCAGCUACUUCGUCUACCUGGCAGAAAAGGACGCCGUGGAAGAAGGUGAAGGUAAAGGCAGUGGCAGCUUCUCCAGCUACGCGGACGCCCUCUGGUGGGGGGUGAUCACAGUCACCACCAUCGGGUACGGAGACACAGUGCCGCGCACCUGGAUGGGCAAGAUCGUCGCGUCUUGCUUCAGCGUGUUUGCUAUCUCUUUCUUCGCGCUUCCAGCGGGCAUCUUGGGCAGCGGCUUCGCCCUGAAAGUCCAGCAAAAGCAGCGUCAGAAGCACUUCAAUCGACAGAUUCCCGCGGCCGCGAUGCUCAUCCAAUGCUUGUGGCGCUGCUACGCCGCUGACAAGUCCUUCAACUCGACCGCCACGUGGCAGGUGUAUCUAGGGGAAAACGGAAGGGAGGGGGGAAGCGGAGGUGGCAUCGGAGGCGGAGCUAACGGUGGGGGAGGGGCUCAGAUGGGCGGAGCCACAGGAGGCGGGAUGCCGAUCAGCAAGGUGGGUGGUGUUACGCUUUGGCUAAUUGGGGCAUUUCACGUGAACGGGGCAGGGAAAGAAAAGUGA